AUGCCGGAAAAUAAAAGCGAGAAUCGUGCUAAAAUAGAAAGUUUCUGGGAAGGUGCUUUAAAGGAUAUUUACGAAGAAACACUAAUGUAUGAUAAUAAUGAUGUGGUCCACAGUCCGGAUGAAUGUGUUGAUCCUGAAACACGAAAAAUAAAAGUCCCUAAAUCAGAGUUUGUUAAGACAUAUAAAAAUAGCGUCUUUUCUCUUCUGGACCGUUAUAGAUAUGAAAAUAAUGAUGCACAAACAUUAGAAUCGCUUCAGAGAGAAAUUGAGGAUCUGACUUUGAACUUCUCUGAAGAUAGUAUUUAUAAAACUAGUCCUAACAUUAUGGUAAUGUUAACUAAAAACAACUUGCCAAGUGCUAAGGAAUUCCUUCGUGGAAAGUAUCUUAUGGAUAAAGAAUAUCCCGGCAGAAUGACCAUUUAUGCAGAAAGUCGAAGUGGUGAUAGUCUAGAAACCAGCGGCUCAGAGCUAUCCGACGAGGAGAAUAAAAAUCUAAGAUGUGUACUAUCUGAAAGUGAUAAGUCGUUGUUGGUAGAGUUAGGCGAGCACUCCAUUGAGUGCCUACUGGUUCACACCCUAGGCCAUCUGUUUAAUCUGGAAAAUAUUGUCAGUCUUGCUAGUUUGGUUGAUCGUAUAGAACGCAAUGUAAGGGAUUAUGCCUCAUCGUCAACAUUGUAUUAUAAUAGUAGGGUAUGUAAUCUAAGUAUGGAUGCUGCUGAUAAAGGUACUAAAGCAUCUAAAACUAGAGCUUAUCCCUUUGGUACAGCAUUAGUUGAAUUUUUAGUGAGUCGUGGUCUAUUGCGCUUAGUAACAUAUAAUGUUGAUUUAUUAAAUUUCUCUGAUGAUAGUGGUCCAAAGACUGUUGUCAAAAAGGGCCAUAAUUACUAUAGGAGCUCUUUAGUAUAUGCCGAAUGCUUGUUUAACCCCGCAUUACUUCCUAUAAAGUUAAACCUACCUAUGGUAUUUCCACCUAAAGAUUGGGAGCCCCACAAACCUGAACAGAAACGUAAGUUGUUACAUAUAUCUGAUAUAUAUGGUGGUUAUUUAAGCAACCCUACGGGCCAAAUCUACAGCACUCAACGGAGUAUGAGUUCUCCCGAUGCGAAGAAUUUCUUCAUCUAUUUCGGUGAAAAUAAGUAUCAAGAAAGUCAUAAUAAGCAAAAUAAGUUUUGUACUAGCAUCAGUAGCUUACAGCGUCAAUCCUUUAAAAUAAAUAGUAAUUUCCUUAAUUUUAUAUUAGAAAAUAGGGAAUUAUUAGAAGAAUGUGGCUACUUGAUGCCCGAAUUUCUUUCAAAGGUAAUACUAGCCCAUGCCUCCAGGAAACUUAGAAGUCAUUUUGAAAAGAAUAAGGAUAUUCAAACAAUAUACAAAUUUAGUGAUGUGUACGCUCUAUUAAUAAAGAAUAUGCAGCGGGCACGUUAUGAGUGUACGAUUUUAGAUCUGGCAAAGGCCUACUCUGGAUAUUCUUUAUAUUUUCCAGCAUUUAUUGACUUCAAAGGUCGAAUCUAUCGCAGCGGCAUCUUUCACUUCCAUGAGUGGGAUUUAGCCCGAAGUCUACUAUUAAUAGAUUGUAAAGAUAAUAUAGAAUAUUCUUCCCCUGAAAUUAAUAAUUAUCUAAAUAUGUAUCUAACCGCAACUGCAUUCCUCUAUCAAUCAUAUAAAUAUGAGGAGGAUGCUCUAAAUGAUAUAAAUAAUAAAUUAUUACCAUUACCUAAUCUAGAGUGUAAAGAGAACUUUAAAACGUAUUUAAAGACUUUAGUGAUAGAAUCACGGAUGGCUAAACGGCCAUUCCAAUAUUUAUCUAAUAUUUACCUAUUAUCAUCAUCGGAUUUAAUGUCUUUCGUUGAUCUGUAUAAUUGUGUUCCUGUAACUCAGGAUGCUAGCGCUAGCGCAUAUCAACUGAUGGCUUAUUUCCUCCUGGAUAAGAAUUUUGCGAAACUAACAAAUCUUUUUGAUACCGGCAGCGGUGAGAUAUUUGACAUCUAUUCUCACAUGAGAAUUGAAUUAAUUUCAUUCAUCAAAGACUCUCUUAGUGAGGAGAAUCCUGAGCUAUGCGCAAUUUUGGAUAGGGUCCUAACUAGGAGUAUAGUUAAGCAAAUAUAUAUGCCAAUUAUAUAUGGUAAAACAGCUAAUAGCACAACUAAGGAUCUUAUAGUGAGUCUUUGCCAAGAUCUCUUGCCAAAAGAAUGUACUAUACUGUCGGUUCUAUGCUUCAAAUUUUGGCAAGAAAAAUACAGUUUUAUGUAUUCGUUUAUCCAGCUGAUCAGCCUGGUAGGUCGGGUAUGCUCUUACCUAGAUCGACCAGUCUUGUACAGCACAGAAUAUUUUAGCACAUCCCAGGAUUAUAAAAAGAUGGAAAAACACUCAGUUAGAGUCUUCAACUCUUACUUGAAAAAGGCCCAUAAUGUCACACUCUCGUUUCCCUCAAAAGAGCGGGAUAAGAGGAAAAGUGGGGUAUCCACAUUCGUUAACUUCAUUCAUCAAAAGGACGCGCAAAUUGCUAUGUCUAUUGCCUUCUAUGCGAACUCAUAUAAUAUACCUCUGUACACAGUUCACGAUAACUUCAUAACAAAUAUACAUUAUUUUAAAUAUAUAUCUAAAAUCUAUCUACAUGUCAUAAAGGAAAUGGGGCCCCCUCUUAAAAUCAUUAACCGCUUUAUUUAUAAAAAUAUUAUGGAGCCGGCUAUAGCGAAGGGCCUCUAUAAUAAUGUAAAAGGCUACAAUUUGAAGUCUUUUGAUGAAAGGAUCAUACCAGAGCCUAUUUUAGAUGAGUUCUUAAAAAUUGGACUCAUUUCUCCAGAAGAUGUCACGAAUGCAGCUGGUUUAAAAAAAAUAAACAAUAAGUUGAAACAAAGAUAUCAACUCUAUUGUAAUGCGGUCUGCGGAUCUAAUAAGAAAUUUGAUGAUCAUUUGUUUAAAUGGAAUAGGUUUAGAGAUGCCCUGAUUGGGGAAAAUUGUAUACAUUAUUAAAAUGUUAUUUAAAACCCAUGGGGUAAGGCAUAA